AUGAUUCCUAUUCUCUAUGGCUCCCAAACUGGAACUUCUAUCUAUGUCAGCAACCUCAUAGAAAGAGCACUUUUGUACGGAUACGACCCAAAAACAAUUUACAACCUGGAUUGCUUUUUCAACUCCCGAGAUCAGGAAAACCUAUCGUCAGUAAUGGAAAUGGAUCUCUUUGAUAUAGAAAAAAUUCUUGACAUAGACUUUAUCAUAUUUGUUUGUUCAACACAUGGUGAUGGAACAGAGCCAUUUAACAUGACUAAGUUCUGGUCUUUUCUGUCAAAUAGUGAUCUACCAGGCAAUCUAUUGUCGCAUUUAAACUUUGCAGUCUUUGGCCUUGGAGACUCUUCGUAUGAAAAGUUCAACUACUGCUCCAAAAAACUCUUUAACAGACUCAGGAUGCUGGGUGCAAAGCCUGUGGUAAGAAGAGGAGAUGGAAAUGCCCAGGAUAAAGAGGGAUUUCUCUCUGAUCUUCGCCCGUGGCUACUAGAACUCAUGGCUCAUUUUGAUCCUCUCAAGAUAAAGCACAUUGAUAUUCUCUCUCUUAAGCCUGAGAAAUAUACCUCGAGAUUGGUUGGGAAGAGAUUGCUGACACCCGAAGGGCAUUUCCAAAAGAUAAUAGAAUUGGUAUUUGAAAUUCCAGAAUAUAAAGAAUUCUCGCCGGGAGAUUGCCUGUCCUUUUGCCCAGAAAAUUAUAACUACAAAGAGUUUAUGAAAUACAACGGCAUGGAAGAAGAUGUAGAUGGGAUAUCAUCGUCCUUAAUGAUGAAGCAUUCAAUAGACUUUAACUCACAACCUCAUCAGCCAUUCUUUUUUGCACUGAGGUAUUUCUUGGAUAGAAAAGGCGGUAUCGAAGACGAAGUUCUUUUAAAGAUAGAAGAGAUUGCACAAGACUAUGAUUUAUAUUAUGAAUAUAUAGUUAAGCCCAAAAGAACAAUAUUCGAGGUUCUCCAGGAGUUAAGAGUGAAGGUUGAUGCCAGGUUUCUCAAGAAAUUUGUACCUACUAUAUACCCAAGGUUUUUCUCUGUAACAAAGAAGAAAGGUCUAUAUCAUGUUACUGUUGCUGUUGUAAAUUACAAGACUAUCCUUUCUCAACCUCGAAGGGGAGUCUGCUCGGAAUAUUUGAUGGGCCUCAGUCUAAACGAUAAAGUCCCCAUAGGAAUUGGAAGAAGCAAUCUAUACUUUGGAUCCAACAAGCUAUUGUUUAUAUGCACGGGUACUGGGAUAACUUUACCAAGAGCUUGUAUCAACGAGUUUAAAGACAAAGAAAUUGUUGUGUUUUACGGAUUCCGAUACAGAGAUAGAGACUUCCUAUAUUCCGACGAAUGGAAUUGCAAGAAUGUGAGAAUGCUUACUGCUGCAUCCAGAGAUGAUAAGAUGUAUGUGCAGGAUGUUUUCAAUAGAAACCCCAUUGAAGACAUUGACGAGUAUUUAAUAUUUGUGAGUGGGAAUUCAAGAUUAAACAAGGAGGUGAGGAAAUUGUUCCAGAAGUUGUAUGGAAGAACAAUUGCAUUCCAGUCUGAAACAUGGUGA